GUUAGCUUCUGGCAUUACUUAAGUAUAUUCGCGGACAUGUUUCCAUGCCAUUUUAUGAAGAUAACACAUUACUGAUCGCCAUAUGAGGCAUAAAGUCUGCUGUACAAGAGCCGUUCCAAAGUAAACAGAAUUUUUUGAAUCUAGCACCAUCUAUAUGUCGACUGGUGCGUUAGAAUCUGCUAUCUUUAUCGAUUGUCCAAUGAGAAUUUCAUGAUAUUUCAUUGAUUGGAAGUGAAGUUAUUGCGUUUUAAGUGUCAGUAUGUUUGUGUUAUCGGUGCGAAAAUGAGCUUCGAACAAAGAGACAACAUUAUAUUUUGUUGUAAAAUUGGUAAAAAUUUUACCGAAUUGAUGAAACAAGUUUAUGGCGAUGAUUUUCUAUUCCGUAGCAGUAUGCACGAGUGGUUUCAACGUUUUCAAAGAGGUCGUGAGGAUAUAAAUGACGAUCAACAUGUGUGCCAAUCAAAAUCCGUGAUCACCGGAAAUUCCAUCGAAACUGUGCGUGAAUUCAUCAAAAAUCAGCCGAAAUCAUCAUUGAAAUUCAUGGAAAUGGAAUUGAACAUCUCCAAAACAUCGAUUUAUCGCAUUUUGACCGAACAUUUGGGCUUACGAAAGGUGUGUGCACGGUUUGUUCCGCACAAAUUGACUGACGACCAAAAAUUGCUCAGAAUCCAACAUUCGAAGGACGAUUAUUUGACCAAAAAUCACAUUUUAACCAUUAACCACUCCCCGUAUUCACCUGAUAUGGCACCGUGUGACUUCUUUCUUUUCGGAAAAAUGCAUUUGCUCAUGAAAGGAAAGCGUUACGCAGUCGUAGAGGCCAUUCAAAAAGCUUGCGCCGGCAUACUGGCGGACGUACCGGUCAACGAGCUAAAACACACGUUCGACGUGCUUUUGGACCGUGCAAAAAGCUGUAGUGAAGCAGAAGGAGAUUAUUUCGAAUAAAAUAAAUUGAUUUUGCCGAAAAACCAUUUUUUCUGUUUUUGUUUUUUAAAGUCCUGUUUACUUUGGAACGCACCUUGUAUUAUUAUUAAUUUUAAUUUAUGAAUUUCGCUGAACUGACAACUUUCUUGCUAUCAAUGUUUUCGAAUAAAUUGUAGUAAUUGAUAAUUUUACGUACAUACAUAUAUUCAAAUAUAUUUCUUAUAUACAUAUGUAUGUUCUUUUAUGUACAUAUGUAUAUAGAAGUAUGUAGUGCACAAAUCACGAUCUUGUCGUAUAAAUUCAUCUUAGGCGUUACUUCUAUAUGUAUAUUUACCGCACGUUUUUAGUUUUGCAGGAAAAUCAAAAACAAAACAAGCAAUAAAAACAAAAAUCAAUAAAUAUAAAAAAAUCAUUCUUACUUACGACAGCAAUGCCAAGCUUUACAAUGAAACCUAUUCAAGGGUAUGCCUGUUCAACGCGCUUUCCGGUGGCUGAUCACAACGAUGCUGGUUCAAGAUCAAAGCCGAAAAAAUUACCUAGCGCAUGCGAAAACACAGAAACAAAGUUGUCUGCUUAAGCGAACAAGAAGCGUCUUUAUGUACAAUACACAAAAUUAAUUGUUUCGUUAGCGGAGAAUGCUGCAAAUUGACUGAAUCUACGUAAAGCAAUGAAAUAAAACUGGCAGAGCAGCGCCACUGGAAAUGACGUAUCACAAAAUCAGAACAUCUCACUAAAUCGCUGCUAACCUUAGCUAAGGCCGGGCUUAUAGCGGAACGAUGAGCCAGUUGGCGAUUAUGAAUAUACAUAUGUAU